CUUCUCCAGAGCUACUACAUACACUCUUCUCUAGAGAGAGAAAGAGCGAAGAGAGAGAGAGAGAGAGAGAUGAGAGGAGUUCUAGGGCUCAGGGGAGGUGCUUCGUCGUCGGCGCCGAUCGCCGUGGCGGCGGCGGCGGCGGCGGAGGAGGAGGAGGAGGAGGGAGUGGAGGAGAACGAGGAGGAGGAGGAGGAGUUGGAGCUAGGGUUGAGCUUGCGGGCGAAGUCGCUCGCUCCCUUAAAGUCGGCGCCGAGGGGCCUAGGCUGCCGUAUCCUCACCGCGAAGGACCUGCCCCCGCUGACGUCGCCGAGAUCGUCGGCGUCGUCGUCGUCGUCCCCGGCGUCGGCGUCGGCGUCGGCGAGCAAGCGAGCGAAGGCCGAUAACAACCCCUCUCCCGAGGCCGUUGGAUCCGCUCACCCUCCCAGUCAAAUGGUGGUGGGAUGGCCACCCAUAAGAGCAUUUAGGAUGAACAGCUUGGUCAACUUGUCCAACAAAGACCACACCCCCGGAGAAGCCAAUGUCGGCGCCAGCAAGGAAGCCAACGCCGACUUCAGUGUAAAGGAUGUUCACGUGCCCAAGAGGGCUUCUUCUUCUUCAUCUUCUUCUUCUUCGUCUCCCUUUGUGAAAGUGUACAUGGAUGGGGAUCCUAUUGGGAGAAAGGUGGAUUUGAGUGCCCACCACUCUUAUGAGAGCCUCGCUUUGUCCCUUGAGCUCAUGUUCCGCAGCCCAACCCUGCCUUUAUCUGCUUCUGUUGUUGUUAUUAAUGGUGCGACAGCGUCGAAGUUAUUAGACGGCUCUUCUGAAUUCGCGCUAACGUACGAGGACAGAGAAGGAGAUUGCAUGCUGGUUGGAGAUGUUCCUUGGGAGAUGUUUCUGGACAAUGUUAAGAGGCUUAGAAUCAUGAGGACCUCUGAUGCAGGUAGACUUGCAGCACCAAGGUUUCACUCCAACAAAUCGAUCAGAUCAAUAGCUAAAGCUGGACCAGAAGCAAGCUCUCUUAAGAGGAGAUGAAGCAACAUUAACUCCCUUAUAUAAAGGGAGCAAGUUUUUUUUUAAAUUUUUUUAUUUGGUAUACAAGGGAGAAGUGAAUGAGUAGGUAAAUAUAGGUAAAGGAGAGCUAGGUUUUUCUUUUGUCAGAGCCUAGAUUUGAUCAGAGAGUUAUUAUCUAUUUGUUUGAUUUUGUCCCCUUGGUGCCCCCACUCUUUUGGCCAGAUUAUGCCCUUUUCUUUCUCUGGGUGGUUUGUUAGUUACACCUUUAUGUUUCCUACUUCUUUAGAGUGGCCCACAACAGAUCAUUGUGAGAUGGUAUAUUUAUUGUUACUGGUAUUGUAAAUAUGUUGUCUCUUUGUUUGGUUUACUGUUUGGGGAAUGGAAUGGUUAUUUCAUAGUUGUGUAA